AUCAAAGUUAUUACGUGACAGGAACUCGUGGAGUUUCCGUCCGUCUGAAGCAUGUUGCCUUCACAUUGAUGGUUUUGGAUUAAAUAAUUGGCUUAUAUAGGCGUUUCUAGUGGCAUUUUAGACAGGUGUUGAGAGCAUGGCACCGCUGCUGCUCCCGUGUCUUGUAGGUUCCUUGACUCGGCAGUUGUCCCAAGUUGCCAGAUGUGCUGCUUUCGGCUCCUUACCUGCAGUAGGUGCACAGAGAUGCAUCUCCACCAUCACAGCUGCAACGGCGCGAUUCAGAGGAGUCAUCAACCCAAUGUGGGAGCCACACGCGGCAUUCCUCUCACCUCUGCUUGGACGAUGCCAGCAGCUCCUGUGUGUUCAACCAUCAGCUGGCAUGAAGACAAAAACCGCUCUCAAAAGACGCUGUAAAGACUGCUUUUUCGUCCGCCGCCGUGGAAGGCUGUUUGUUUUUUGCAAAUCCCACCCCAGACACAAGCAGCGUCAGGGGUGAAUUAUUUGAGGCCUUAAUGUUUGUUGUCAUACCGCUGACUGAUACUUGAGAAUCACUCGAUUGGUGUACUGAGCAUGUAAAGAUCAUAGAGUUUCUAAUAAACUUUGACAUCCUCAUCUGAAAA